CCUACACUGUAAAUAAAAAUAAGCCUCCAAUUACCUACCUAUUUAAAACACAACAAACAUUAAAAGAAUUGCUCCUUACAGAAUUAGGGUUACAAUUAUUAUGCACAACAUAAACAUUUAGGUCUAAAUUCAAAUUUCACGGACAAAUACAUUGCAACUUAAAUUAAAGCUUGUAAAACUACAAAUUUAAAGGCGGACUAACGCGAUGAGAGCGUAAACGUCGGAACGACAAAAGAAAGUCGCAAAUCAUGGCCGCGGAAGAAGAUUUAACUGACUUAUGGCAAUCCCACUCACAACUGGACGUAGUAUUAGAACUGGUGUUCCUGUGGCUGGGUGGCGUGGACUUGGCGUGUUGCGGCGCGGCGUGCCGCGCUUGGCGUCAAGCGAUCAGGCGUGCGGACGUCUGGAGAUGCUUGUUGGUUCAAGCAUCUAGUGCUGAUACAGUGCAUGCUCUUGCUAGCGUUUAUGAUGGCGCCUGUCCAUGGCGCGAGCUAUACGUAGCAUCUAUAGCGCCGUGGCGUCAGGUGACGUGUCUUACGCCAGACCGGCCAGCGAGAUUAGCUGCCGCUGCGCUAAAUCGUGCGGGUGAUUUACUUGCUAUUGCAGCUGAAGACUGUUCAUUUACCGUAUGGAUGUAUGAGAACGGAAAGUGGGCGCGUGCCGGCGCUGGCUCAGUGACACUAGGUUGGACUGGCGUAGAACGGGCGGAAUGGGCGCCAGACGCGCCACUGCUGCUACUGGCAGGAUCAGCACCACUGUCUGCACAAAGAGGAGCACUCGCUGUACUGCGACCACAGAACGAGGACUCACUUGAGUCGUGGGUGGUGGCCGCACGAGCGACCGGUGGCGGCGGCUGCUGGGCGGGCGAGGGCUUCCUGUCUCUGGAACUGUCGCGGCUGUCGGCGCUGGAACAUGCGCCUGUCUUCGGCACUGACGUCUGGCUUAACGCUCCUACUCAGGAGACUGAAGACGAGUUUGCGGGCACGGCGGCGCGCGUUCUUCGCAUAUACAACGAAAAGCGGGCGGUCAUCACGCAAGUCGUAUGCGCAGACGCACCGCUAGACGCACGCACUGCACAGGAGUGGGCGGAAGCGGAAGCUACUGUGCGCGCCGAGGACAUGCGUGUAGAUGCAUCUGCCGACCCUACAUCUGCAGACCCUGCGUAUGCACCGGAAGUUGUGAAACUAGAGGAGCUGGGGCCAGAUGAAGCGUACUACAGAGUUAUAUACGAUCGUGGACGCACGUCCGACACGCCAAACGCGUGGAUACGCGUAGUGGUCCUGGCGUGUGGCGGCGUGCUCGGCGUGUGGCCGUUACCGCGCGAACGCCCGCCGCCGCUCCACGUGCCCGACGACGCGCUGCGGCUACGCAUGCGAGCACGCGCGGAGCGACGACAACGGGAAGCAGAAGCAGCAGCGGCGGGUGAGGUGGAAGAAGAGGCGCCAGAACUGUCAACAGCUGAACUCCGUGCCCGCUGCGACCCGCCCACAGCACGUCUUCGGUUGCCUGGCAAUGUGCUCGGCCUUACCGCUUUACAGAACGGACGCGCGGUAUGGGCGAGCGUGUCGGGAGGAGCGAUUUGCGCGUCCUUGCCGGCUCUUCGAGUGCUACGAAUAGUCCUUGCGAAGCCUGGAAAUGGGUCACCCCACUACAUGCAACCACAUGUAACUGACGAGUAUUUUGGCAGCCCUUGCGGCGGCAGCUCGCCUACGGCUUACGUUUGGGGCCCGGCGGGCGCGAGUACAAAACUAAGCGGCGAGGCGCCGGCGCUGGCGGUGCUACUGCGAUGCCGUGCGCUACCUGAGGCGUUGCUGUUGACAGAAGACAAGCUACAAGUAUGGCAGAGCACGGCGCCGCGAGCGCGCUGGCCCGACGACGACAACGGCGACAACGCAAGCGACUACAGUGACAAUAACUACGAUAGUAGCAGUAACAGCAACAUCAGCGAUAGCAACUGGCGGCCAAGCGAUCGUGACUGACUUCCAAGAUUUAUUUUCCUU